AUGCUUCCUCCCGCUGUCAAAGUUCCGCAGUCUUCGCGUCCAGUCACUACGCCAGCCGACGAGUAUGCUAGGCUCACGCGUAGGCAGCAACGUGACGCCAGAGAGAAGAGGCGAAUCCAGAAGGCUGCACGUGCCGCCAGGGACGAGUUGUACAGGGCCCGACAGGUUGUCAAGGACGCGCAAGAAGUAGCCCGAGCUGCGAGGUUACGUGCUUCUCGUUACUCCUACAUUCCAGCGCCCAGAAACACCAGAGCUGUCUCUUCGACUCCACACACUGUCAAUGUGAAGGCCAAGAAGUCCAAGAGCAAGUCUGCGGGCUCGGUUCAUUCAGCCCCCAUGGACAUGGACGAGACAUGGUCCUGGAUCAAGGACAGUUCUUCAGCAGCCUCCCAGAAUGGCAGCGCGCAUGCUCGUCACUGA